UAACAUAAGUACUUAUGCCUAAUGGUGUUGUUUUUAUUUUUGUGUAUGAUUUUAAACAGAGAAAUCGGAUCUAAUCGUGACUACAAGCUCGAUAAUAUCAUAAGUGAUAUCGCGUUCUAUGGGGGAACUUGUUUUUCAUGUGAGGAUUGCAUAGAAAAUCGCUUAAAGUGCCCUGAGCUUUUUGCUCCUAUUGUGGAAAAAUAUAGACUAGACUGUUCCAAGUUGAUCUCAGAUUGCUUCUGGCUGAACGAACCCUUUGAUUGUUGUCAGUUUUUUCUCCCAUUGCAAACCGAAUUCGGUGAAUGUUUCAGUAUUAAUUCUCAAAAUAGCCGCACGGUUAGAAUGACACGUCUUGUCAAUAACCGCCAAACAGGACCAGGUGUAUUAAGAUUUAAGGUGAAAGAAGAUUUACAAAUAUUUUUGCACGAUGAACAUGCGGUUCCUUACGCAUACACAGACCAAACCCUGAGGGAAACAGUGCUCUGGGGAACCAAUAAAGAAAUUGUAUUCAAAGUAAUUGAAAUGGAAAAUACCGAUAAUGUGCUACACAUACCAAUCAGUCGCCGGGAUUGCAGGUUUCCGUGGGAGAUCUUAGAUGAAUCUACACAGCUUUACAAUAGUUAUAGUUAUUCGUCGUGUGCUGUGGAAUGUUUCGUGACAGCACAAAUGAAAUUUUGCAACUGCUCUCAUCAUUUGAUGCCAACCUCGAAACGUACUAACAUUCCCACUGAAGUAUGCAGUUAUCAAGGACUCAUAUGCUUAACGGAAAAUUCAAUAAACAUCUCGAAUCAGCGAAAACAAUGUCAGUGUUCUUCGUCCUGCCAUGAACCAGAAUAUCUUGUGGUGUAUAGCUCCGAGAGUGAGGUAGGAAAUGGAAACGACGAAGUCACAAUUCAGAUGUUAACGCUACCAGAAACUAAAUUUGUAAGAAAUGCUGCAAAAACGUAUGUUGACAUAUUCAGUAAGUAUAAUUUAAAAAUAAUAAAAAAAGUUCAAUGUUCUGUGCAAUUCUCUCUUCCUUACAGUCUCUUUGGGUGGCUUGGCUGGACUAUUUUUUGGGGCAUCACUUAUAUCUGUAAUUUACGUUAUAGCAUUUAUAAUUCGUUAUUAUCAAACGCUCAAGAUUGAAUUAUAUGAACUCGAAUAA